AUGGUGGCAAAGAGCGAAGGCGUUUUCACUCUGGUCCCAUGGAAACUGUUUCGACAAGAGCUUCACGCUGUCCACCCUAUAUCGUCCGGAUUAGAAGCACUCGCGCUCAAAUCCACGAUAGAUCUCACUUGUAACGACUUUAUUUCCAAUUUCGAAUUCGACGUCUUUACGAGGUUAUUUCAACCGUGGGGCACGCUGCUGCGCAACUGGCAGAUCCUGGCCGUAACGCACCCGGGUUACGUAGCGUUCCUGACAUACGACGAAGUCAAAGCGCGCCUGCAGAAAUACAUCACCAAAGCGGGAAGCUACGUGUUCAGGUUAUCCUGCACGAGGCUGGGACAAUGGGCGAUUGGCUAUGUAACAGCAGAAGGAGAUAUAUUGCAAACGAUACCUCAAAAUAAAUCACUUUGUCAAGCCUUGCUCGAUGGAUUUCGGGAAGGAUUUUAUUUGUAUCCUGAUGGACGAGCAGUAAAUCCAGACCUUAGUUGGGCCGUCCAAUCUCCUUCAGAAGAUCACAUAGCUGUUACACAAGAACAAUACGAACUUUAUUGUGAAAUGGGGAGCACCUUCCAACUGUGCAAAAUAUGUGCCGAAAAUGAUAAGGACAUCAAAAUCGAGCCUUGUGGACACCUUCUUUGUACGCCUUGUCUUACUUCAUGGCAAGUUGAUUCCGAUGGCCAAGGUUGUCCAUUCUGCAGAGCCGAAAUCAAAGGCACAGAGCAAAUAGUUGUGGAUGCUUUUGAUCCAAGGCGACAGCACCAGAGAAAUUCUAAUUCUAAUUCAACAUCAAAUAAUUGUUCGAAGACUUUGGUCCAAACACAAUCUAAUAAUUCCAACAACAGUUGUGAAGAUGCUUUCGAUGAUGCGGAGUGGCUUAGAAGGAGACCAUUAAAUUUACUCUCCUUGGAUCUUGAUGAAACUUAUCAUGACGAUUGGUUUUGUUUGGAUUAUCAACUGUUUGAAUCAUUUGGUGGGAUGUCGAUGAAACAUGGCAAUAAGGUUGAUGGUACAAACAAACUCAUCAUAAUGGAUUCCGGAGACUUCAACUUCUCUACAAGCACUCUGCACGCCCUCAGUGGUAAACUGAAGCUCUCCCGUAGUCCUCCAAUGUCACCAAGACCUAGCCGAAGGUCUUUGACACCCAGCAGUUCCACAAUAGUCCAAAACCAUUCACAAGUUUCUUCCUCAGUAACAAGUACCUCAAAUUCUGAAAUAUCAUCACAGGAUUCGACAUCUUCGUCAGCAACUAGUAGCAACUCCGUUUCCAAUUCGCGUCAGAAUGCAGAUAUAUUUUUGUAUCCAGAAGAAAUUUUGACGCAAGAACCUGAAGGAGUUGUAUAUAACGGUUACAAUAUGCCUCGAAUAGCGAGCUCGAAGAAAAUGGGGAAUCAAGAAAUUUCUAGUAAAAAUUUGAGACAAGUUUGUCAACAUUCGGCAGUUCAGGAUAAUGUUGUGAGGCAGGAUCCUACAGCGCCUCCUCUGCCGCCACGAAAAAGUGCAGCUGAAAUUUCUCUUCCUGCAGUGAAGGAACUGAAAAAUUCGAACAAAUCGAAUAUUACAUCUAGUUUAACCAAUUUGAAUGAUGCAGGUCAAUCUGCUGUACCGAAUAUGCUGCAGUUGCCGCCUAAAACCUUGACGGGCAGUAAAAGUUCAGAAAAUUUAUCAAAUCUUGAUCCGUUGACAAAAACAAAACAAGCAUCUUUGGAUUCUGAACAAGACAUCAAAACAAAUGUGAAGUUGUUCUCUUUUGAUGUCCCCAAAACUAUUGCCCCACCUGUUCCUGUAACGGAGAGCAAAAUAGAGAAAUGUUUUAUAUCUUCAUCAAACGAAGUUAUUGUAGGACCUGCCGAGACUAUUAUAGGACUUAUAGACACGCGAACUCCUAACCAAAUAAAAUUAUUCAAUGGUAAAUCUGAAGAAACCAAUGGACAACAAAGUGCAAACAACUCACAAACCACAAAUUUGUACCACAUAAAAACUAGUUCUUCAAAUUCUCACAUCAGGCACCAGUCUUUACCCAUGGUGGCAGUCUUAACUCAGGCAACUUCAAAUGCCCCUUCAAAAUCUCAAACUGUAUCAGAAAAAUUAGCGUACGAGAACGUUAAUGUCCAAUUAAAAUUCAAACAAAAUCCAUUAUGCAUGGCCAGUUGUAGUAAAGAUGAGGACAUGAUGAAUGUGCCAUAUGAAAAUAUUAAUUUAGAGUACAUAGCAAAAUUAGUUUCCGAAGGUUAUUCGAAAGAAAACGUUAUUAGGGCUUUAGGUAUAUCUAGGAAUAACAUUGAAAUGGCUUGUGAUAUUUUGCACGAGUUUGCCUCCAAAAAUAGUUGUUCACAUUGA